CCUGUUUUUGAAUUAAGAGUUGAAUGUCACUCCGUUUCACUCAGUUCUGCUGCCAGCUAGCGAGCAGACGAGUGUUCAUGCAUCCAGACCAAGAAGAGAUCAAGCAUAUAGCGCUUCAGAGCAGUUUAAGGCUAGAUUGAAAGUGAUGUUCCUCUGGUGUGUUCUGGUUCUUGUGAACCUGGUAUCUGUAGAUACAGUUGCCAACGCAGGAGUUAAAGUCAGACUAACUCAGAAGGGGCUUGAAUAUGGUCAACAGAUUGGAAUCGCCUCAAUUCAGCAGAAACUCAAAACUAUUAAUGUGCCAGAUAUAAGUGGCACAGAAAAGGUGGAUCCUAUUGGAAAAGUCCAGUACAGUUUUACAGGAAUUCAGAUUGUAAACCUGGGACUUCCUAAAUCAGCGCUGGGGUUAGUUCCUGACACUGGAGUCACACUCUCAAUUGACAAUGCGUACAUCAAUCUGCAUGGAAACUGGAGAGUCAAAUACCUCAGAAUCAUAAAAGACAGUGGAUCAUUUGAUCUGGCUGUGAGUGAACUGACCAUUAGCACCACUAUUGCAGUCACAAGUGAUGACACUGGCCGCCCAACAGUCAGCAUGACCAACUGUGCAGCAGCUGUGGGAAAUGUCAAUGUGAAAUUUCAUGGUGGGGCCAGUUGGUUGUAUAACCUCUUCAGUUCCUUCGUUAAUAAGGCUUUACGAAAUGCUCUGCAGAAACAGAUCUGCCCUUUGGUGGCUGAUUCCAUUGCUGACAUAAACCCCCAUCUGAAAACAUUAAAUGUUUUAGCCAAAGUAGAUCAGUAUGCUGAAAUUGAGUACUCCAUGGUGGGGUCUCCAGUGAUUUCUAAUACUUCUAUUGACUUGGGUUUAAAGGGUGAAUUCUACAACACUGGACAACACAAGGAACCCCCCUUUUCCCCAACACCUUUCUCAUUGCCAUCUCAGGACACCGAUAUGUUAUACUUUGGAGUAUCUGCCUUUACCAUCAACUCGGCAGGCUUUGUGUACAACAGGGCUGGGGCCCUUCACCUCUACAUUACUGAUGACAUGAUUCCCUCUGGCUCUCCAAUUCGUCUAAACACGAAGACAUUUGGAACAUUUAUUCCUCAAAUUGAGAAAAUGUAUCCUGGUCUGAUGAUGAAGCUUUUGGUUAAGACCGUGAAGGAUCCCCUCAUUACCUUAGAACCAAACAAUAUGACUGUUCAGGCCAGCGGUACAGUGACAGCUUACGCAAUUCAGCCCAAUAGCACACUAUCUCCGCUAUUUGUUCUCAAUCUGGAGGUCAGUGUCAGUACUCACAUAUAUGUGAGUGAGCUCAAACUAACAGGGAACAUGACCCUCAACAAAAUUGAUAUGAGCUUAGCAAAAACCUAUGUGGGACCAUUCCAGGUGACAUCUCUUGACAAUGUUUUCAAAAUAGUCUUGAAGGUUGCAGUCAUUCCCAAGGUUAAUGCUUAUUUACAAAAAGGUUAUCCCCUUCCUGUCAUUGGAAAGAUGCAACUUGUCAAUAGUCAACUCCAGGUUCUAAAGGUAAGCUUGUAUGUAUCUAAUGUAAUACUUUUUACAUAGAGACCAUGUUUUUCCUGUUAAUUAUAAAGUUGUGCUGCGUGUGUUUUUCUUCAAAGCAAAAACCUAGAAUCCCUAAUGAUGGUUUUAUAGCUUGUGCUACAUGAGAUGUUAAAUAAUUCUGCAUACCUGAUGUAAUGGACUAGAUUUAAUGCGGGUGCGGUUCAGGUCGGGUGCAUCUAUUUAAUAAUUUGAAUUAAAAUUAACAUUUACACUCGAUAAAGUUGUAUUUAUAUAAGAUAAAAGAUCAGUUUUAAGAGAUUUGCUCUGUUUGCUUAUGUGCCUCAGUCAGAGUGCAAACAGUAAUUUAAGCUCUUCAUGCUGGUAAUGUACUCUCUAUUACUACAGAAGUUCUAAGUGGCAAUGCAUUUUUUUAUCAUCUUGUUUUCUGGUGAUCAUUAAUUUAUUUUUGUUGUGAUCUGAUUUUGACAUAACUGAAGUUGUUCUGUAAGUUACACAACUUUGCCAGCAGGAAGCAGUACAGCACCACUCAUGGGGAGUUUACUGUAUCAGCUAUAUUGGUACACAUUUGAGCCAGAGGACCUUCUAUGGUUUUGCUAUAAUUGCUAUUGCUAUAAUUUAUGCAGCAAUGAAACUUGAAAAAUGUUUUAAUAUUACAAUUGCAUUUGGAUUAUGUCAUAAUUUAUGCAUCCACAUAUUGAAAACAAAAAUCCAAUUUGUAAUUCCAUUUGAAAAUAGUCUGGAAAAUCCUUCCACAGGAAACAGCUUCUUUUUUUAAGCAAAUGAGCUGCUGCUCCCUUUUAAGUUUUGCAGUUAUUAAAACACAGCUUAAACAGUAGAUUUGAGAUUGGUCUGUAAUUAGCACUGUUUAAGCUGAUGGUAUUUCUUAUCUGAUAUGGCUACAUCUGUCUUCUAUGCAAUAUCUAUUAAUUUGCUACACCUGUCAUAUUUUGUUACUGUACUUAAGUACAAUUUUCCACUUAAAUUCUUGAUUUGUGUGUUUAGUCCACCUGACCAGAAACCAAUAAGUUUACAUAGAGGGACUACUAAGUCCAAAAAAUGCAAGCAUAUUAGCUAAAUUUUAAUGUCAAUACUGUCACAAAUGAAAUAAAAUCCGUUCAGAUGAAUUUCAGAAAAGACAUAUCCACAAAAAAGUACUACUGUCUAUACCUUGGUCUUAUGAUGAAAAAGUGAAAAACAACUACCAGCUAUACUGCAAGACAACACAAUGACCACUGCUUGCACCUUGCAUCUUGAUCUUGAUUGACAGAGCAUAAACUGUUAUAUAUGGACCCCAUACACAAGGGGUGUUAAAAUCCUGGUCUUAGAGAACCAACUUCCUGCAAAGUUGGCUCCAACUUGUUAAUGAUUAAUUUUAAUAUAUAUUUACAAACUCUUUCACAUUUAGUUAUAGCAUCACAAGCCCUUCAGGACUACAUUGCAAAAGUUGAGGAUUUCCAGUCAGGAAUUUAGACCUGUGUCAUAGAGAUUACUUUUAUGACCUGCCCUCUUAGCACUGCACUUGACACUAUACCACAAUGUUCUUUUGUAUUGUGAACGAUGCCAUACAAAUAAAUCUGACUUCACACUGGCAAUAAAAUAGUUAUUUCAAUAUAUAGUUAUUUCAAAUAGACUGCUGCCCAU